AUGGCAGAGUUUAGUGUGGCAGAUUUUAAAACCAGUGUUGGAAUAUUAUACAGUAAAAAAUGCAUGGAACUAAAUGAUGAAUCUCCGGAAUUAAUUCCUAUUCUUAAAUCUAUUGAAAGGGUUUUUGAAACUGGACUAAAAGAAUGUCCAUCGUUAUUUAGCGAUGCAAAACAAUACUGCUGGAAUUUAUUUGAAAGACUUAUGCAGUGCCAUAAAGAAUAUAAAUAUGAAAUUCCCUAUUCGCUGUCAUCAGCAUAUUAUGGGGUUAACCAGUGUACUCGCGUCAAAACCACUAUUGGAAAGGGUCGAUUGCUUUUGAGGACACUAGCACAUAAUGGUGGUCUCGUCGAUUUUGUUAAGCUACUUAUGGAAAAUAAGCCUUUCAUUCACGAACACUACGAACGAGGAAAAGCUGUUUUUACCAAUGAAAUUCAAAGUCAAAUAUUUUUUUCUUUUAUCGCUGACUUUAAAAGGAUACAAUUUGACCUCAAUCUUACUCAUGCUGAUUUUCUUGAUUCAACCUGGGAUAUACCUGUAUAUAAAUACAAAGAUUUUGUGCCGUGUGGUAAACUCGGAAUUAAGGUUCGCUACGUAGAUUCCUACUAUAUUGUCACCGAUUUUGAAGAAGGCUUCGUCGAUGAAGACAACUUCUUUGAGCUAGGAGACGUUAUAACCAGCAUAUCAGGAACUGCAUUACGAGGCAAAGUAGUUAAUCUUCAAAAAUUUAUAACCAAAGAGUGUCGCAAAUUGCUUCAAUUUGAGAUAGUUAAACUAGCAACUGAAAAUGGCUCCCUCUUUAGACCAAUCGUAAAUUUGAUUAAAAAUGGAAACAUUCCGAAUAUACUUUGGUCAAAUGAUAGUCUAGCUUCAAAAGAAAAAUCUUUAGAUUGGCCUGCGCUUGAAUUCUUGGAUCUUUCCAAGUGUUAUGCUGCCUUGAGUCCACGAGUCGUUGACACAACUGGCUUGGAAACUAAAUUCCCUCAGUUCGAGGUGAGGCAUACAUUGCGCUACGUAGGUUCUGUGGAUAUGGGUGGGAAGAACGACGAAAUUCACAUUCCUGAGGCCAUUGACGCUGCUCUCGCUGAAAAUCCAGUUGCCGAACGGUAUAUGCCUGUUCGCGUUCGAUUGGGCAAGUACUUAUUUAUGAUUCAACGUUUUUUAGGUGAAAUUGAUGUGGCCUUCUGGCCAGUCCUUCCAAACUCUGAAAUCAGCACAGUUCCGGAAGAGCCAUAUCUUAAACUCACUUAUCCUUCAAUCUCCGCUGUUGGACAGAAUAAAAAGUCUACUCGGUACUUCAGCUUCAUAGCAGGAAAUACCACUUGUUCAAUGGCUACUAAUUUUACUGCCUACGUAUUCCUAGCCUUAACUCCUGGCGAGGCCUUGAGAAUUGUCAAAGGCAUUUCCAGAGGAUUCAAACGGACUAAUUGGAUGAUGUGA